ACUAUUAACUAACUAACUAACUAACUACUAACUAACUACUAACUAACUACUAACUAACUACUAACUAACUAACUUGCUGACUGUCUCACAGAAGUUUUGUCUGGAUUCGCACCGAUAACUCUGUCCUGAGAUCACACUGAGCCCCCUCCCCUCUCUCUCUCUACCUCUCUCUCUCCCUCUCUCUCUCUCUCCCACCGUUGAAGCCGGGGCAGCUGAGAACUCCACUCCGCCUUUUCCUCCCCUCCCGCACCGAUCUAUGAAAUCUGUUGUGCAUGUUCGUCUCCGCGAGCGCGGAUGUAGAGAGAGGUGGGAUUGCGAGGAGCGAGCGAGAAAGCAAAGGGGGAACCCACGCGUUUCAGCCGCCUCUCCGAAACUCCACGGCGUCUGGCCGAAGCAGCUGACGGUGAAUGUUUUCUUUUUCUUCCUCACACCGGCCCGACGCUGACAGACUCUGUGCAGGACUGUGUUCCCGGAGCAGCAGCUUUUGCCCCUCUUUGUGCCACCUUGUCUCCUCUUGGUCACCGUGGUGCGCGGCGCAGGCUGAGAGAGACACGGAGCGCACGGACUGUGGGAGCCCUCCCUCCCUCCCCUCCGCCCGGAUCCGCUUCGGUAGUUCCCAGACGACCCAUGGAAGAACGUGGAUGAAGUCUGUUGAGUUCUGAAGCGGGCUGAAGGCUCGGGGGCCUGCCUGUUGUCCAUCGGUCGUGAGGUACCACUCCCACCGGGCCACAGAACGGACCCAGUCAAGACCUCUGCUUCCCCUCCUCACUCACCCCCGCCCCCUCUCCACCCUUACUCCCGACCCAGGCGCCUACGCUCUGGAACAUGUCGACCGCGCUGACGGAGGGGGGCCGGACCGAGGACCUGCAGCGGAAGAGCUGCAAACCGGACUCCCCGGUGGCCGAGCGCAGGAACCGCAGCGGGAUCAUCAGCGAGCCCCUCAGUAAGAGCCUUAAGAACUCCCGUACCCUGUCCCAGUACACGGCGGUCUCCUCCGCCUCCACCAACGGACACACGGACAAAAGCGAGAGUAAGAGCCACUCGUCCAAGCCCCAGCCUCCCCUGCCGCCCCAGCCCACCGUCUCUGCACUGACGGCGGCCAAGUUGGACAGAACCCUGGAACAGGUUCUGGAGGGACAGAACGGCCUGCUGCACUUUGCCCAGGCAGCAGCGCUGUUAAAGCGGGCCGGGAUGGAGCACAUGCUUCUGCCGGGGGGCAUGGGAGUGGGAGUUGGCAGUGGAGACGCGGGCUCGGGGGCAGGCGACUUGGAGGGUACGUCUGUCACGGACGCCGUAGGAGGUCCGGUUGACUUCCCAUAUGGAGUAGGAGGCGGCUUCCCCUUCAACCCAGGGCUUUUCAUCAUGACGCCGGCUGGAGUCUUUCUGGCAGACAGCGCGCUGCACAUGGCCAGUCUGGCCGAGUACCCGGCGCAGAGCGAGCUGGCCUCCGCUAUCAACUCCGGUAAAAAGAAGCGAAAACGUUGCGGCAUGUGCCCACCUUGCCGACGGCGGAUUAACUGCGAGCAGUGCAGCAGCUGCCGGAAUCGCAAAACGGGCCACCAGAUCUGCAAGUUUCGCAAAUGUGAGGAACUGAAGAAGAAGCCCUCUGCUGCGCUGGAGAAGGUGAUGCUUCCUACAGGAGCGGCGUUCCGGUGGUUCCAGUAGGACUCCUCCACCUCCUCCUCUUCCUCCACCUCCUCCUCCUCCUCCACUUCCUACCCAAAGCUCUGCCAUCAAGUGCAAUGCCAACUCCUGGAAUGUUCCGGAACAGACACUGGCUCAUAAACAAGCAACAAAUAAAAAGAUUAUAGGAAAAAAAAAAAAAGACAAGAGAAAAGCAAGAAAAAAAAACGUGUGGAGUAAUGGAUGCACCUAACGAUUCCUUGAACCAAAAAUGAAGCGAGAAGAAAAAGCAUCUGUGACGACUUUCAUUCCCUUUUCUAUGUUCCAACUUUUGGUACUUUUAUGUCCUUUUUCCAGCAGUUUUUUUUUCUUCUUUUAUCUGAUGCUUAAGGACAUGGAACUGUUGAUGACCAGAGACAGAAGUGUGUGGACAAUCAACUAAUUUCUGUGUUUGGUGUUAAUGUUAAUGUUCACGUGUGGAAAGAUACAGUACUUGUGUAGAGAAUGUAAAUUUACAGCUAUAUUUUAAAAAAAACUAGUGGCUAACGGCGAACGUCGACAUCGUGUUCACUCACCACGAGCUGAAAACGUCCCGGGUCCCAUCGGAACGGGGCUCCGUUCACACCGCAC